AUGGACCUUGCACCACCAUCCAAGCCAUCUCUAAAACAAGCCUGCGACAACUGUCGCAAACGGAAGAUCAAAUGCUCGCGCGAACUACCCUGCGAUAAAUGUCAGUGCCUGCUGCUCUCCUGCUCCUAUAGCGACGUGCUCCGUCGCAAAGGCCCCAAAUUCCGAAACCUCUACCCCUUGGCCCCGAUCCAUCCGCUAUCGAACCGAAACGACACGGCCCGAGAGCAGCUCUAUGCCGAUAAAGACCAUCUCAGAUUCAACUCGCCCGCGUCGCCCGCGUACGGUGAUCCAGAUACGAAAUAUGGUGCCCAGGACAUUUCUGACACCCUUUCACAACUCCCGCCGCCAGAUCUGGUGUCUUCGCCCGACUCUACAAAUUCGACGGUGGAAUCGGCAAGCGGCCAGGCACUCCCACAUGCCCGCCGCCUCUCUCCACAGAGUCUGCUAGCGCAUGUCAAUGUCUACUUGAAAUACCUGUUCUCCAUUAUGCCUGUCGUGCGAGGGGACGAACUACUCUUGGAUAGUCAGCAUCCCGAACGGCUCUCUCCACGCAGAUACGCCUUUUUGGCCUCUCUUUGCGCGGCGACACAUCUUCAGCUAAAAUUGGACGGCGCCAACCCGAUCCCGGAUUCAGCUCGAUUGCAGAACAUGGGCGAUGGUCAUUCCCUAGUCUCCGGGGACAAAUUGCUAUCCGAGGCCGUGCGGGCACGGCAGGAAUGCGACCCUGUGGAAGACAUCAGCAUCGAGACUCUCCUGACCUCGUUCUUUUUAUUCGCUUCUUACGGCAAUUUAGACAAGCAGAGCCAUGCUUGGUUCUAUCUAUGCCAGGCCACGUCAAUGGCUUUUACACUCGGCCUGCAUCGCGAGUCAACAUAUGCGGGGUUGAAUGCGGAGGAAGCUGAGGAGAGGCGGCGCGUCUUCUGGCUGCUCUUCAUCACAGAGAGAGGCUAUGCGCUGCAGCAAUCGAAACCCGUCAUGCUCCGCAGCUCCAUCCACAAGCCCCAAGUUCUCUGUUCCGAUGACCCUAUCCUAGCAUUCGGAUUUACAAACCUCAUCAACAUCUUUGAAAAGCUCACAACCAGUCUUUAUGACUGGGUCUCUGCUGGAGGCGGAGACGGGCUCGUGGAGAGACCACCAACAUCCGUUAUCCAGUCCAGUCUGUGUAAACCAAUAUCACUGGACGGUGUGCUCGAGAUUCAACAGGUGGAUAUCUUGAUCACACAGCAGUGGCUGCAGGCGAUGAUGUGGAAAUUGUCCAUGAGCCAUGCCACGCAGCCGGGCUCGCGUGAUGACGCUGCACUGCCUUUCCAUCUCCCGGUGCUUGUGGGUAAAGCUGUUAUGAGCGUGAUGGGGACAGUGUCACAAGGGGCGAUAGAUGCACAUGGUAUCGGAAUGGAGCAAAAACUGUUCGACAUAGGUUCCUCCGUAGCCGACGUGACACGUUCCCUCGGGGGAAAAGCUGUCAGCCGACUCGCCGAAGCUGCCGUCGACCCCCGCCAGCUCCUCUGGGGAAUCUUGCACACGCUAUCGCAGAUUCGCGGCUCGCCGUCAUACCUAUUUCCCGAGCUGUUGGAGCGCUGCAAGACAGUGCUGGGCCUCGAUUGCACGAUCACCAUGGGCAAUUUCCUACCUACUCUCGGCUCUGAGAUGCCCGACCAGCUACAACAGUUGAAUACAUGGGCUGGUGAGCAGGGAUGGGAUAUGCUUGCUGCUGGUCGCGGUCCCCACGAGAUACGGGAGGUAGAAGGUGACCAGACUGAGUCGGCGUCUCAUCUACCAGCUGUUUCUCAGGGAAGUGAUUAUGGGUACCAUGACUAUCUGCCAACUUGA